AUGCAAACCAGCAGGGCUCCGGCCAUCAGCGUCAGCGCGGAGAGCUGCAUCCCGGCUGGGCUGCGCCUGGGUCCUGUGCCGGGCACCUUCAAACUGGGCAAGUACCUGUCAGACCGCAAGGAGCCAGGACCCAAAAAAAAGGUGCGGAUGGUCAGAGGGGAAUUAGUGGAUGAAGCCGGGAGCUCAGCUCUGGAGUGGAUAGGGUUAAUCCGAGCUGCCCGAAACUCCCAAGAGCAGACACUGGAGGCUGUUGCGGAUCUGCCAGGAGGACAGAUUUUCUACCGGGCGCUGCGAGAUGUCCAGCCGGGAGAGGAGCUUACCGUCUGGUACUCCAACCCUCUGGCGCAGUGGUUUGACAUCCCCGUCACGGCCACGCCGACGCACGACGAGAAAGGGGAGGAGAGGUACAUCUGCUGGUACUGCUGGAGGACCUUCAAAUACCCCAACAGCCUCAAGGCCCACGUCCACUUCCACUGCGCUCUGAGCCACGGCCGGCCCUUCCUCCAUCACGACCACGGCCGGCCCGCCGCCACCGCCUUCGGCCUGCCCCCCAAGGAGCUGCCGGCCGCCUCAGUGCGCGGCCACCCUCCGCCCGGCUGCGGCCCCCGGGAGGCCGUCAAGCGGGAGGCCGUCGUCGCCUCCCCGCCGCUCGCCAAGCCGGCGCUGCCCAAGCGGGCGGCGGGCAAGGAGGAGCAGGAGCGCGCCCUGGACAUGAGCGUGGGGGCCGCCCGCGGGCCGGGGCCGCUGCUGGGGCCGGCGGGCGGCAACGGGCUGGCGCUGUGCCCCGGGGCGCGCUCGGCCUUCCGCCCCGCCGGGUCGCUGCGGGAAGAGGCGCGGGGCGCCGCCGCCCUCGGCUUCUCCAAACUGCUGGGGGGACUGAAGGCGGGCCGCGCCGCCGCCGAGGCGCCGCCUAAGUGCGGAGCGCUGCCGGCUGAGGCCGCCCCGCAGGCGGCGGCGGCGGGGCUGGCUUGCGGCGGCGGGCUGCGCGCCUUCCCGCUGCUGUCGCCGCUGGAGGAGGCCUCGGCCUUCCGGCAGGUGGAGCGGGGGCUGCCCGCGGCCGCGCUGCCGCCCGCCCGCUACCCGCCGCUGCCCGGCGGGGCCCUGGAGCGCUUCGCGCUGCCGCCCUUCGAGGGGCUGAAGGCGUACGCGGGGGAGUGCGGGCUGCCGGUGAUGCCGCUCACCGUCUACAACGGGGAGCUGCUCUACGGGGCCGCGCCCUACUACCCGCUGAAGCUGCACCUCGGCGGCCUCCUGAAGUACCCCGAGUCCGUGUCGUACUUCGCGGGGCCGGCGGCGGGUCUGCACGCCGCAGAGCUGGGCUCGCUGGCCAGCAUCGACCGGGAGAUCGCCAUGCACACGCAGCAGCUCUCCGAGCUGGCGGCCGAGAAAGGCCGAGGGAGGCUGGAGGCGCUGCCGGCGGGGGCGGCCGGGGCGGCCGGAGGGAAACCCAAGACCGGGCACCUGUGCCUGUACUGCGGGAAGCUGUACUCCCGCAAGUACGGGCUGAAGAUCCACAUGCGGACUCACACCGGCUACAAGCCGCUGAAGUGCAAGGUCUGCCUGCGGCCCUUCGGGGACCCCAGCAAUCUCAACAAACACAUCCGCCUGCACGCCGAGGGCAACACGCCCUACCGCUGCGAGUACUGCGGCAAGGUGCUGGUGCGGCGCCGCGACCUGGAGCGGCACGUCAAAUCCCGGCACCCGGGGCAGAGCCUCGGCAAGGCGGCCGAGGACAAGAGUGACUCUGGCUACGCGCAGCCCGAGCAGGAGCAAAAGACUGAUAACGAGAGCGAUGUGGACGUCUGCUUCACCGACGACCAGAGCGAGCCGGAGAGCGGCAGCCGGCACCGCGAGCAGUGA